GAAGCCCAACAAUCACUAGUACUCCAUCAGUUAGCACUGCCAACAGUGAAAAGGAAAAGUAGAAUCUUCUAAACAAAUUAAGAAGUUGAAUUUGCAGAAGAGGUAAAGGUAAAGGUAAACAUCGUCACUCCCACUAUUACAGUUCACCUCUCAAAAUCACUGAAUUUCCCAUCGUCGUAGCAACGACUACGGAGCCCGAACAUGGGUUUUAGGGUUUCUAUUGUGCUCCUCUCUCUCUUGGUUGCCCUCCUUUCCCCCUCUGCGCAGGCAUUUUCAGAUGAAGAAUCAUCUUUGCCGGAGCUCUCGUUAAGAGUUUCAACGCCUUUCUCGAACGCACUCGCCAAUCUGCAAAAUCAGAUCAACUAUACGUUUAAGCGAGUUGGAUUGCUGCGGCGUGCAAUGACACACUCCUCCUACUCAGAGGAGAAUAACAAGGCUCUGAGUGUUUUGGGCGAAAGUGUAAUUGAGACCUCUGUCGCGCUGCAAUCACUAAGGAAAGAUGUGGAUAUUUCUGCCAAGGAUUUGAACCUUGCGAUUACUGAGGCGUCUAAGGUGGAGGGUUCCUGUAAUGCUGAUGGGAUCCGGCUUGGUUUGCAGAAUGUUGUGAGAGUCGCCAGCAAGACCAAUGCCACAGCUCCUGCUGUGGUCUGUGGGGCGUUUCGAGCACUUUUUGGGGCGAUCGCAAUUGAUGCUGGGAGUUCAGAUGAGGCUGGGGAUGUCUAUGGGAAAACCCGUAGUGGAGUUAGGAGUGCUGUGACAAUGUAGGUAAAGGUUGUUAAUAUUAGUAUGCGCGUUUGGAACUGUUUAAUAUCGUUGGUGUGUGCACUUGAUGGUUCUGAGAAUUAUGAUCUGUGUUUAAAUGUCAUGUAUUUGAAUUUGGUAUGUUGAAUGUUAUGUGCAUAUUACUUGACUGCGUGUUUUGAGUA